AUGAGGCUCGCUCUGCUGGCGAUAGUGGCUCUUCUACAGCUGGGGGCUCUCCAUGCUCUGACCGCUGAUAAACCCGCCCGCUCUCUUCUGGACAUCGUCAAAAGAGCCCCUGCCCAAAGCAAACAGUCUCGUCUGAAUCCCCUGCUGGAGGAGGUAGUUCCCCCUCUCCGUGACAAUGGUGUAGUGCCUGGUCCUACCACCCCACCUGAGCUGGAGGGCUUCCAGACUGACUCUACCUACCUUUUUGGGGACAACGUCAACCUGAACUGGGUCAAGUUUGACGGCUCCCUGCCCAACGGAGUGGUGGGCAUCUACAACAGCUACGUCUCCCGCACAGACUAUGUUUGCAAGUUCAACUGCGAGGCUGGCUUCUACAACCCCAGCAAAGGGCCCUACUGCAACUACCCAUAUGCUGACCGCGAGUACCACGCACCUGAGUUCGAGCUCCUCGUCAAUGUGGACAACUUUGAGUUCUUGGAGUGGAGGGAGGAAAGCUAUGGCGGUGUGCCCAAGCACUCUGUUGGCACCUGUGGCACGGCUAAGAUCUUCGUGGGCAAGAACAAGUACGGCCUGGGCAAGGUGGUGCCUGAGCAUGAGGCCUUCUUCCUGCCCUGGGAAGGGGACGAGUACUGGUACAAGAGAUACCAGGUGCUGACCAUCAACAGGGAGGCCUACAGCCAGCAUAUCUCCCACGUGGAGUACAACAUCAACGAGGUGGAGCUCUUCCAGUACCCACCUGAGGCCAUGCACAUCUCCAGCGUCACCAACUACGAGUGCCGCGACAUCAUCAAGACGGUGACCAUGGAGAAGACCACCGAGAAGGAGAACACGUGGAACAUCGGCCGCUCCACCAUGCUGGGCAUCACAGGCAGCAUCAAUGUCAAGAUUCCCUUCAUUGGCACGGGCGGGAUAGAGCUGGGCGGCGAGAAGACAUACUCGUUCGACCGCGGCACCACAGUGACGGAGUCCAUCGCCCACUCGGUUGCCGUGGAGCUGACCGUGCCGUCCAAUCACAUAUGCCGUGUGCGCAUGGAAGGCCGCAAGAUCAAGGCCGACAUCCCCUUCAAGGCUCGCCUGAGCCGCACCUAUGCCAACGGGGAGACCCAGUGGACGUCCAUCAACGGCAUGUACGAUGGUGUCCAGGUCGGAGAGGUCCGCACGGUAGUGGAACGCUGUGAGCCCGUGCCUGAUGCCCAGCCAUGCUUCUAAACUCCAAUGAAAUAACUGUCCAUCUAACAUGAACUCAAAUACCACAGGCCACCGGGAUAUGAGUGAAUACUGAUUUGACUGAAUGUGUUUCAUAGGUGAUAAAUGUCAUUCAUGUC